CGCAGCGCGCGCACAUCCACGAGCCGAGCGCUUCAGCGACGUGGCCUUUAAGCCGCCAUCUUGUGGAAACGCCUUGAGGAGGAAGCGACGAGCCUGUCGGCGUAGCUUUUGGUGAGGCGUUUUCGGCACGUUUCUCGUUAAAGAUUUCUGCUUAAGUAAUUAACUAAGCGAAAUAUAUCCUACGCCCGGCGAGGUAACGAAGUGAAAAUAGCCGCGUGGUAGAUUCUGGGAUUUCUUCUUAAAAGAUCACUGUUUGGAUCUUGUCAAACAUGGGAAAUAUAUUUGCAAAUUUAUUCAAAGGCCUCUUUGGCAAAAAGGAAAUGCGAAUCCUGAUGGUGGGUCUUGAUGCUGCUGGAAAAACUACUAUUCUAUACAAACUUAAGCUUGGGGAAAUUGUAACCACCAUUCCGACUAUAGGUUUUAAUGUUGAGACGGUGGAGUACAAGAAUAUAAGCUUCACAGUGUGGGAUGUUGGUGGUCAGGAUAAGAUUCGACCUCUGUGGCGCCAUUACUUCCAGAACACACAGGGCCUUAUCUUUGUUGUGGACAGCAAUGACAGAGAGCGAGUGAACGAGGCCAGGGAGGAGCUCAUGCGGAUGCUGGCUGAAGAUGAGCUGAGAGAUGCCGUUCUAUUAGUAUUUGCUAACAAACAGGACCUCCCAAAUGCCAUGAAUGCUGCCGAAAUCACGGACAAGCUGGGACUGCACUCUCUGCGUCACAGGAACUGGUAUAUCCAGGCCACCUGUGCCACCAGUGGUGAUGGGCUCUAUGAAGGACUGGACUGGUUGUCCAAUCAGCUCCGAAACCAGAAAUAGCUCCCUCCUCCGACCCGCCCCCUCUCCUCUGCAUCUUCUCCUCACUCUUUGCUUUACUCCUCUGAUGUUGCAAACUGUGCUACUUUGUGGUAUCGAAUGCCGGAAGCUGUCCUCAUUUCAUCUCUCGUCAAUAUAAAUUAUGAGCCACACGUUUUGUUUUUUUUUUUGUUUUGUUUUUUUUUUUUUGCAAGCCUUGGAAAGUCAGGAUUCUUAUUUAAUGUAAAUAGUCUUUUCUAGUGAGGCUGCUUCUGGCAACUCUUAUGCAAUAUGUGCUCUGCCUUUCCGUUCAUGUCCCUGCUGUACUCUUUUGGACAGACCUGCAUCGUAUGUAGUCCUGGAAAGGGAUAGAAGCAGCCCGCCGAUAUUCUCUUAAACAUUCACGCGGUGGCUGUACUGGCCAGCUUUUCCACGUUAUUUUGAGUACACUGAAACAUUUUCCCUUUUUUUUUUCUUUUUUUUUUUGUUGGGUGCCCAGUACCGGAGUGAGGUGGCACAUCCUUGUAAAACACUGAAAGAAAUGGAAGAACUCAGAGGCGGGUGAUGAACCACUCAUAGCAAUGGCCGCCCUUCAUGAAAAUAGGCCCUGGCUUUGGUGAUCUUACCAGACAAAGCAUGGAACCGCUUAGUGCACCCUGUGUUAAUAGUAUGGUAUGCUGUUAUGUUUCUGAAUUAAAUGCAUCCAAGUCAACUUCAUAAAAAAAAAGUGACAACUUGCAAACGCGAUUGUCAGUUUUCUUACGUUAGAGGCACUUUGAACGUACCUACUAAGCUCCCCAAGCUUCUGAAAAGGAUAACGAUGCAUGUGAGGAAUGUGGUUAUGUUCUGAUCCAGGACCUUCCUGGCUUAAUGCUAUAUGCCAGCAAGCCAGUUAGCAGUCUGUUUUCACCUGUGCCCUAAUCAGAUUGAUAUAUAUAUAUAUAUAUAUAAUGCAUUUUAGUUAAUCUUUAUUCAAUUUUUACUCUAGUUCCUUCAAAGGGUUCUCUUUCUGAACUGUUCUGUCGCUGUUCUUCUGUUCCUAGCUCGGUGGUGGAGUUCCUUUCGCAGCAUGUCUCUACGGCCUUUUGUUGCUUCUGCUCCUCUUGCUGCAGUGUUAUUUUGAAAGCACUACUGCAAACAGUUUGUCACCUUGAGGGUGCCCCUCUGUUCUUACGAUCUGCAGCCCUUCCGGCAGAGAAUCUCGCCCCCGGCGAGCACAUUCACAGCCGUUUCCCUUUCAGCGUUCUGCAAAAAGAAGCAAAAUGUGGCAGAUGCCAAGCAUUUGUACUGCAGCAAGAACCUAUAUUUUUUUUUAUGUACUGGAAAUCAACAUAUAAUUGCCUCAUUCCCCCCAAGCCCCCCCCCCCUUUUUUAUUUUUAAAGUCUUGAUUGAUUUGUGUCUGGAAAGACACCAGUAUGUGGGAAAGCAGACUCUCAUGGUGUGAUUUACAUUUUUUAUGUAAACAUAUUUUGAAUCAUUUUAAAAGAAAAGCACUGUAAUUAAAGCGUAGAAUGAAGGUUU